AUGGCUCGAAGCGAGAUUUUUUUAUCGAAACUGCAAGUAUUCUGUAAGCUGCACUUGUCCCAGGUUGGCGUCGUGCAGGAAUUGGAGCACCAACCCGCGCGUGUCGCGUGCACCUUCACUGGCGGGUUGGACUUCUCGGUGCCGGUGCAGGAGUACUUGUCUGGACCCACUGCUGAAGGAAUGGUGGACGCCCUUGUGAACCUGACAGGAUUCUCAUUGGUUGGCGGCCCCACAUCUCAAGAUGCCAAGAAGGCAAAGGAGGUCCUCAUGAAGCUCAACCGACCCUAUCUGGUUAGUGUGCCGUUGGUCUUCCAGUCCUUCACGGAGUGGCAGAACAGCCAGCUUGGUCUUCACCCAGUGCAUGCCUUGCAGGUCUCUCUGCCCGAGAUUGACGGUGCUAUUGAGCCGUUGAUCUUCUCAGGGCGUGAUGGCACCAGUGGCCGCUCCAUCCCCAUGCAGGCACGGUAUUCAGGUUUGUGGUGCCGGUGGAGAAGGGACUUCACGGUUUGUUGUUUGUUUUUUCCGUUGUACCUUGUCCAUUGUCGAUCGCCUGAGGCUGCGAUGUCCAUCCAUGUCGGACUUGAACGUCGCCUACCGCAUGAGCGUGGACGAGUACGAGGACUCGACAUUCCUGUCUGCCAGUAG